CGGUAGAAGGGGGGCGGGAAAGCGCCUAUUCUGCCCCCGGGGCCGGCUGGAACGUUGGUGUCUGAGCGUUCCACCCAGGCGCUCAGGUAGCCCCUCCCCGCCGCUGCCGUCCCCCGGCCCCGCCCCGCGAGGAGGCUGGAGGAGGGGGCUGUGGCCGGCGUGGGGCUGGGAAGAGGAAGCGGGGAAACGCUCCCAGGCGGCAGCAGCGGCGGGCGGGGUCACGAACUCUGACCUUUCACAGGGGCACGACACAAAACCAAAACAAACCCCCCCGCUAACAAAUACUACUAACCCGAGGCCCCCCCUCCCCUCCGCCCUCUCGGGCCCGUCGCCCAGCACCGCUGCCUAACAGGCCCGGUUGGACCCGGGUCACCGCCGGGCCACGUUUGGCGCCAAAGCCUGAGGUUCUCUAAUGAUCUUGCUUCACCAUGGCAACCAAUAUGGAGGUGCUGGCUCAGCAGAUAGUGGAGACACAGCAGGUGGCUGAGGUACAGACUGUUCAGACAUCAUUAUCUGAAUCUCCAGUGAUGACCAGCCCCUCUCAACGCAUCCAGAUUAUCUCUACAGACUCUUCUGUAGCUUCACCACAGCGCAUUCAGAUUGUGACAGAUCAGCAAACAGGACAGAAAAUCCAGAUAGUUACAGCAGUGGACUCAUCAGUGUCUCCGAAGCAACAGUUUAUCUUGGCCAGUCCAGAUGGAACUGGAACAGGAAAGGUGAUAUUGGCAGCACCUGAAACAUCUAAUGCCAAGCAACUUAUCUUUACCACCACUGACAACAUUGUACCAGGCAGAAUUCAGAUUGUGACAGACUCUGCUUCAGUGGAACGUUUGUUGGGUAAAGCUGAUGUCCAGCGACCACAAGUAGUAGAAUAUUGUGUUGUUUGUGGAGAUAAAGCAUCAGGUCGUCACUAUGGCGCUGUCAGUUGCGAGGGAUGCAAAGGUUUCUUUAAAAGGAGUGUAAGGAAGAAUUUGACCUACAGUUGUCGUAGCAACCAGGACUGUAUCAUCAAUAAACACCAUCGGAAUCGUUGCCAGUUUUGUAGGCUUAAGAAAUGCCUAGAGAUGGGCAUGAAAAUGGAAUCGGUUCAGAGUGAAAGAAAGCCUUUUGAUGUGCAACGGGAGAAACCAACCAACUGUGCAGCUUCAACUGAAAAAAUCUAUAUCAGGAAAGACCUAAGAAGCCCUCUCAUAGCAACUCCAACAUUUGUAGCAGAUAAAGAUGGCACCCGGUCAACGGGUCUUCUUGAUCCAGGAAUGCUUGUGAACAUUCAGCAGCCAUUGAUACGGGAUGAUGGUACAGUCCUGCUAGCUACAGACUCCAAGGCUGAGACAAGUCAGGGUGCUUUAGGAACACUGGCAAAUGUUGUAACAUCCCUUGCCAGCCUCACUGAGUCACUUAAUAAUGGAGAUACUUCUGAAAUCCAACAAGAGGAUCAAUCUGCAAGUGAGAUCACUCGGGCAUUUGAUACUUUAGCUAAAGCACUUAAUACCACAGAUGGCACAGUAGCUCAGAACUUGGCAGAUGGGAUGGAUCCUACAGGAGGAGGGAAUAUUCAUGUAAUCAGCAGAGAUCAGUCAACACCAAUAAUUGAAGUGGAAGGACCCCUACUUACAGAUACACAUGUCACAUUUAAGCUAACAAUGCCUAGUCCAAUGCCAGAGUACCUUAAUGUACAUUACAUCUGUGAGUCAGCAUCACGACUGCUUUUCCUCUCAAUGCACUGGGCUAGAUCCAUCCCUGCUUUCCAAGCACUUGGACAGGACUGUAACACAAGCCUAGUUCGUGCCUGCUGGAAUGAGCUGUUUACCUUAGGCCUAGCACAAUGUGCACAGGUGAUGAGUCUAUCUACUAUCCUAGCAGCUAUCGUCAACCACCUGCAGAACAGCAUACAGGAAGAUAAGCUUUCCGGAGACAGAAUAAAGCAAGUCAUGGAACACAUCUGGAAACUUCAGGAAUUCUGUAACAGCAUGGCCAAGCUUGAUAUUGAUGGAUAUGAAUAUGCAUACCUUAAAGCUAUAGUCCUCUUUAGCCCUGAUCACCCUGGUCUGACGAGUUCAAGCCAAAUAGAAAAAUUCCAAGAGAAGGCACAGAUGGAAUUGCAAGACUAUGUCCAAAAAACCUAUCCAGAAGAUACUUAUAGGUUAGCCCGGAUUCUAGUUCGCCUACCAGCACUUAGACUGAUGAGCUCUAGUAUUACAGAGGAACUUUUUUUUACUGGCCUCAUAGGAAAUGUUCCGAUUGACAGCAUAAUCCCAUACAUCCUCAAAAUGGAAACAGCAGAGUAUAAUGGUCAAAUAACUGGCACGUCUGCAUAGUCGGAACAAUGCAACUUGAUGGAUCAAAGUAAUUUUAGUAAAACAAGUAACUACACAAUUAAGAGAAAUAAGUUUUUUUUAAAAAAAUGACAUUUUGGUAUGUACAAAUAUUUCCAACAUGUUACCAGUUUCCUACCAGACUGCUCCCUGUCUAUUUAUUUCCAGUGACAAAGUAUAAAAAGCUCUUAAAACACCUCCAACUAGGACCCUUUUCUGCCACAAGGAGUGUUUUGAUGCCUUUCAUUCAAAAGGCUGUAGAUUACUGAACAUACUUUUAACAUGCUUUGUAUUUAGAAAUUAUCAAUGGGCAAAAAUAGAGUUUUAUAAUGUCAGAGAUUAGUAUUAAAAAUUGCUAAAAGAAGAACAGUAUGUAUAUAUUUAAAAUUUUCCUUGGAAUUAAUAUCUAAUAAUUACCAGGGUAUAAUGAUGAUAGCACUUUCUAAGCACUUCUUGUCAAAGCGAUAAUGUCAUCAACAUUUUUGCUUAUGAGCAGGGCAAAUGGAAAAUUGCAUAUGUUUUUGGUCAAAAUGCUAGUAAUUUCUGUGAAGGCUAUAGGAGACAAUCAUUUAUACUACAAAAAAUUGCUAUUAAUAAUGUUAUGCAUUUAAUGGUAAAGUGGAAAUUUAAAGCAAAUUUCUACACUGUUAGCACUAAACUCUGCUAAAUUAGUGAAAAUGAGGUUUAUUUGACAUAAGCAUAGUAACUAUAGUAUAAUUAGCAGCAUUAAUAAAUGCUACAGAAAUUGCCCAAAUUGGAAGGCAGAAUACGAGUUUCUUGCCAUAGUAAUAAUGAAGCUUUCAGAUUCCUGAAAGUUUCAAUUCCAGCCUGGCAUAGAUGUUUACACAGUCAUGAUAGAUGUUAUUCCGACAGGACGACUUUUGGUUGUGGGGGAAAUCAAUCAUGGGGGAAAUCAGUCAUUAACUGGCAGGGAAGCAAUCCUUUCAAAUAAAGUCCUGCACUCCUAGGCUCUGUGUAUACUUUUUAUAUUUCCAAAUUCAUUCCUUCUGUCUGCAGCACUAAAUGACCCUCACCUUCCUAGGAGCCAAAGGGGAUGAUUGUGACUUUGUUAGAGCCCAUAAUGCUGCUGUCAGCUAUGGGAUAAGUGCAGAACAUGAAAUUCUCUUCCUUUCCCAGAGGCUGAGCAUCCUGUCUUUGCAGUGCUCCGUACCCCAUUCUGACCCAGUUCUAAAUUGGAGUGUCAGCUGGGUUUUUUAUAUUCAUUCAUGUGCAGUUACAGUUAAUGACGAUGGUUUGGAGUUACAAUACUAACAAUCUUUGUUUUUAUCUUGGGUAGUAACCUAUCAAGUUGUUUUAUAGGAUUCACCUGUUCCUGCUAAUAUUGCAUUUACUUUAGUAUAAUUUAUUAAUAUUAACACUGAACAUUUUAAACCAUCAAAAUUCAUAAAAAAGCAUUUUGUCAGAAGAGUUAUAGCUGCAUUAAGCUGAUUCUUGCUUAUUACAUACAUUCAUUAAUUACUUUAAUGAAUUUACAUGGCAGUGUCAUUUUCUACUUGCAUACUUGUGUGUGACAAAAAUAUAAAUAAUGAAUUCAGCACUUUUUUGUUUCUGGUAUUGGCAUUGAUUUAGAAACAUUCCAACAGGGUAGGUUUUUGUCUCUAAAGGGUCUGAACUAUAGCCAAAGGAUUUUGAGCAACUCCUUGCUAAUGUAUUAGUAAGUCCUGUCUUGGUACAAUUCACCCUUAUUGUAAGGCUCUCAUUUGUAACACUCAUUCUGAUAAAUAAGGCUAUGUAAUUUUAGCUCCUAGGUACAUUAAACUCAAUUACAAUCUCCAUCUUUAUAAAGUUCAGAAAUCUUGGUUCUCAAGAAGAGUGGUAUAGACAGAGUACAAUGUAAAGGCAGACAUCUGCAGUAUUGCAACAUCUUCUUCCUAAGCUUUUAUUAUAGUAAAUUAAGUUGGUCAUUUCUUUAAAAGUGACAAGAGGCCCUAUAUUUUGAACAUCCUUAGGCCAACUGGAAUGCAGACCUAAGCCUUAGCCGUUAUAUUAUAGUGUCACUAGUUGUAGGGUUGUGUCAGCACUUCUGAUAUAAAACCCCUGUUUUAAGGGUUUACUACUUGGCCUUAGAAAUUAGUUGUGGCCUGAAUUUUAACAUACAAGGUACUUGCCUUGGAAACAGAAUUUCAAAGAAAAGUUGUGGCCAUUUUUGUGCAAAAGUGAAUGUUAGAGGUUUACUGUUUUGCUUGUUUGUUUAAAAAUAUAGAGUGCACAUUGAACUGUUUUUUUUUGGGGGGGCGGCUAAUGGCAAAAAAUUAGCAGGUGAUAUAAUUUAAUCACUUGUAAUAUGUAGUAAAAAUAAUUAAAACCGUCAAGCAUUUUUAGAGGAGCAUGAAAUAUUCAUAAACAAAAAGUAUAGUAAACUACUGGAAAUCAACGUUUUUCCAAAUUUUAUUAUAAACUUGAGACCAUUUUCAUGAAAAAUGUUGUUGGACAUGUACAUUUCUCAAGUAAAGGGUCUCAUUUGCUGGUAAAGAUGAGCCCAGGUUUGAGUAAAAAUGGCUUCUCUGUUGAAAACGUGCAAAAAAUUGUUUGUUUUUUCAUUGUGAAAAUAGCCAUUUUGAAAAAGGAACCCACAUAAAACUAAGCUGUGGAGCAAAAUCACAUGAAGCUGCUAACAUUUAUGCAUAAGAUUUCAUAAAUCAAAAAUGGUGGUUUUUUUUGCACAGCUCUGUUAACAUGUAUAGAAUGCAUCCUACAACAUAGGACUAUACUGUUCGUACCUUAUUCUGCAAGUACACCUUUACCCCAAUAUAACGCGACCCGAUAUAACACGAAUUCGGAUAUAACGCGGUAAAGCAGUGCUCCGGGGAAGCGGUGCUGCGCACUCCGGCAGAUCAAAGCAAGUUCGAUAUAAUGCGGUUUCAUCUAUAAUGCGGUAAGAUUUUUUGGCUCCCGAGGAUAGCAUUAUAUCAGGGUAGAGGUGUAGUUUCAUGGACUUCAGGAAGACUUUAUGUAGAGUAAAAUGCUAUUGAGUGUGAGUAUGGGUAUUGCAAUCGAGCCUAUACUUAGGAUUUAUUUUUUUAAACUGUAAAUGUACUUAAUGGAUAGAGUGAAGCAAUUCCAUAAUUACACUUUUAUUUUAAAACCCUCGAAUUACCACCUUUAAACUAUGAAGACUCUGUUCGGUGUAGCAUUAUUGGCAUGGUUUGUCAGAGCCGAGCUAACGUAGCCCCCAUGGGAUUAAUAAAAAAGAAUGUUUUCUGUGAUCAUAUGUUGUUUUGGUUCUAACACAAACAGUUUAGAUGGUAGAAAUUUGGACAGCAGAUGGUGGAUCCCACAGCUUAGAAGAUAUUCAGGGUCUCAGCUAUUUGAAUACAAGUUACAGAUAAUAGGAUAAGUGUGAAUAAUAAGCCUCAUGGUUCUUUCACCUGCUGCUCAAGAGCUACCAUUAAUACUGAGCCAAUGAAUUGGUAUGCUGGAGAGAGAGAGAUGCUGUAAAAGAGGCACUUAAAACAUUAUUGUCCUAUUAAAAAUUAUGGGCCAAACUCCAUUGUGGUGUGGCUUUUUUGCACCAAACCACUGAGGUAAUCUAGCUGUGGAGCCAUCUUAACUGGCUCCAGAAGGACCAUCCUAAUAUAAGGCUGAUCUACCAGAGGGAUGGAGCUGAUUUAGGGGUUCUUGUGCCAUUCCAGCCACCUCUGGCUGGGAUAGCAAGGGAAAAAGGCAUGGCUGGGGAAAAUGGAGCAUGACCAAGUUGCUCCUGCAUUAUGCUAAUCAUUGGCCAUAUUUUCAGUUCCUUGUGGCCAUUGCAACUCACGUGCUAUUUCAACAUAGCACAGGGGGAAUGGCCUGCACACAGCAGCUCCCAAGAUCAUAGGAGUGCAAAGGUGAGCUUUCAGUCAUCUUUGCACACCACUGACCAACACUCUUCACAGUUUGGCUGCCACAUAGGACCUGAUCCCAUAUGUUCAAAUAGUAAUUUCCUUGCCUAUGUUACUAAUAAUGCAUGUGAUUCUUAAAACUGAAAGCGUAUUGCAAGUGUAAAUUAUUUUCUGCCAUUUAUUGGCUUGUUUGUGUACUCUUUCCAUUUCUUAAGGAUUGGACAAUGAGAAUAGACUAGUGUGCAUCACUUUGGUUUCUAGUCAGUUUCGCUUUAAGUUUCUCCUCUCUAAGCACAAGACUGCACUUUUGUAUUGUAAAUAUAGAUUGGGAAUAUUUUUGUUUGUUUUUCUUUUGAAAUAAUAACAACAGAAUUAUUGGAAAUAUUUGUGUUGGUCCUAAACUUGGUAAAAACUUACUUUUACAAACCGAAUUGUGUGGCCAGAUUUGACCUGACAAAAUUAGGAGCCAAAGUACCAUAGCCUGAUAGUGAUUCUAGAAAACCUUGCAUCCAAGUAAAGUUCCUGCUACUGCUUCAAAAUUAACCCUUCUUCAAAACCUGCUAAAGUCUUAUUGUGCUGCUUUUAAAAGUAAAGAGUAUUUAACUCAGUAGAAGUGUCAUGGUGAAUCAAGCUUGACCAUCCGUGUAUAGCAGUAAGAUUUAGUUCAUACAAAAACUGAAGUUCUGUGUUGGCUGAAAUUGUUUGGAAUGCGAUAAGUGAUCAUAACUCCCAAGUCUGUUGACCAUCAGGGUAUGCUGUGAGGCCUGUCUGUUUUCCCAUUCUUUCGAGAAAGAUGUGAGUUUGGAGUUCGUAUGUGGGUAUAAAGGAAUGGUUAUUGACAGUUAUGAAGGGUUAAUUUGGGUAAGCAAUAUUUGGGCUAUUUUUAUAAGAUUUGUAAUUGUUUUUACUGUAUACGCACCUAAAUCAAACAGGCAUAUUUUAAAAAUCUAAAUAAAAUUAAUUCUCCUUAGUCACACUGACUUGUCAAACUGCAAGCAGGACUAAGAUUAGAUUAUUUUCCUUUCAUUUCCAUUAUUUGUAAAUUAGAAAUCACCCUUGGAAGCCAAUGGUGUUACUCUGAUGUAAAACUGGUGGAAGGGAAAGGAGAAUCAGAAUCCCAAAUCUUUAGAUGGGGGACACAGACCCAGAUUUUGACUCAUCUAAAAACUGUUAGAAUGUAGACAAUGUUUAGAUGAUAAAGGCCCCAUGCAGCAGAAAACUGACUGCUGGCCAAUGGAAGUUUUGGCUUGCUGUUUAGUCACAGAUGGCAAGACUCAUCAUUGACCUACAGCCCCCUUGCACUGUAAUUCCUGACACAAGUGGACUGUAGGGCAGGCAUAAAGACCACUAAUGAAUAGCAUUGGCUCAAGGGGGAUUCUAUGCCAGGAAUCGAGCUGGGUUUGCUCUGCCCCCCCAGAAGCCUUUGGCACAGGGUAUGUUCUGGGGUAUAUUGGGGUAAGAGGAGGCUUGGCCAGAGCACUCCUUUGCCCUGAUGAUUUCCCAAUGUUGCAAAACCCAUAAGGGUCCUAAGCUGCACAAGGGGCUAACCAAUCUCUAUCAUGUCCUUCUUAUGAGAUGUUUUUUCUUUGGUAGAGGUUGUGUCAUGCUGAAAACUGCACCCUAUUCAUUGUCAUGUGUAUCGAAUGGGGUUGUUGAAAUGACAUUGGGAAACACUGAACAUUUUCAGAAUAUUCUCCCACUUCAACCUCUAUAUGGGAAGGAGUGGUAAUUAGGAUCUUUCCCUGACUGACUGACAUUUUUAAUCAGGGAAGAAUUUUAAAAGCACUACCUAGUUUAAAGAACUAACUGACAAUGCCCCUGUGAAUGGAUUUCAGCCAGGAAGAGUGGGGGGCUGUCCGGCUAAAGAGUCACCUAUAGCAAGUGGAGAUCAGGAAAGCCCUUCUGCAGUAGCAAAAGGGAUGGGGCACCCAAUCCAUAUCAGACAAUUCAGGAGUUAGCAUUGGUAUGUGUACACACACACUUCAAGCAAACCUUUUAUCGGAGAACUCUGUUAUUCUCCGACAAUUUUAACACACUAGAUUCUCAGAACUGUGCUGACAUCACUGCCAUUCUCAAUUACAUUUGAGGCACCACUGACAUAAACAAGAAAUUAACAGAUAUCAUAGUUCCAAUCAUGGCAUCAGCUGCUCACUGCUGGUAUUGUGGGAUGUCUGCACAUACACAGGGAGACAGCUAAAUACAUGCCAUAACAAUACUGCCCCAAGGCUUAAAAUGCAGAUUUAUCAGCAAGUACUUGCAGGUUCAAAUCUCCCUUUGGCAAAGGAUUUUCUUUUUAAUUUUGUUUUAUUUUCCUUAAUUUGAUUUGACAUUUCUCUUUUUUCUUUCAGUCCUUAUCUGGAAAAUAAAAAAUAAGGUGUGUGGGUUUGUUUUUCCUUCCUCCUCUCUUACCCCUGAAAAAGCAGAGAGAUGGAAAGAAAAGCAACAAGUAGGCUCAGGUACAUCUCAGAAUUUAGUUCCAGGAGUGCACCAGACCCGCCUGAUAGCAGCAGCACUGCAGCUAUCACGGUUGGCUUCCUGUGUAAGCAUAGACUUUCUAUGAUAGUAGCAGAGAACAUCUGCAGUCACAAUACAUCUUUGUACACAGAUAGAGCCAGCAAAAGAAGCUAUGUUGGCUUCUACUUAAUACAAAACGGGAAGGGGAAGGUCAGAGUUACCAGAUACAGAAAGAUAAAUUGAGUAAUAAUAGAAACGUUACUUUCAAAUUUGCAAGAGGGCCUUAUAAAGAGUGAGGAGUGAAAAAUCAAAAACUAUUUUUAAAACGUGUUUGACAUUCCCCCUUUAAUUCUGAAGUUGCUGUGUCAAUUGAAAAGUGUCUUUUAUAGGACGGUCAAGCCCUUUAGAAAUAAGGCUAUGCUUAUCUUUUUACUAAGGGUGCCCCAAUCCCCUUUUUAGCCUGUGUGAUAUAAACCCACCUUAAUGGUUAUCAGUAUUAAAUGUGAAAUUAUUUUGUAAACAUUUAAAAUGUUAGCUGUAAUGAAGAUGGAAGUUAAAAUGAAAUACACAUACAAAAUUUUUCAAAAGUCAAAUAUAUUGGAAUUGGAAAGCACUAUCGCCUAUAAUUUCCUUAUUGUAGGGCUCUUUGUUUAUUGUGAAACCUGUACUGUAUUUAUCAUGGAAAAUAUCCAUAUCGGUAUAUCACAGUGUUCCAUAUUUCCCAAUGUCUAACUUAUUAUUUGGGUUAUGUGAGGGCUUUGAAAAUGGAUUACUAUGAUCUUUAAAUUCAUGCUUUUCCUUCCCCCAUCUUUUUUUUUUAAUAUAGUUUUUUUAAAUAUUUCUUUGUGCCUUCUACCAUUGUAUAUUUCUGCAUGUUUAGUAAUAGAGCUCAUUCGUGUAGCUAAUGCAUAUGUACAUAGUUGUAUGUAUGUGUGUUUGAAUGUGUUCAUAACUAGCUCUGUGUAAUAUAUUAUGUACAGUGUAUAUAAAGCGUGUAUGUAUAUGUACAUAUAUGUAGCCAUGUAUUCAUACAUUUUUAUAUGUUAAAAGAAAGUUUAUGAUUGGGUCGCUAAUCAGGGCCUUCCUAAUUUUCAUUUCUUGGGCCAGACUCGGCCUGUCUUAAGCAGGAUCAUCUCCCUUAACUUCAGUAGAGUUCUACCUGUUUCUAAACCAAGGCUGAAUUUGACACUUUAUCCUCAGUGCUUUUUAAAAAACUCUAAGUCAUUUGAGGUUUUCACAUUAUUUUCUCAGCCUUUUCUCAUGGCUGGUAGGAGCCAUCCAAUUGAGAGUUAGUAGAAUCUACAAUUCCCAAGGGAAAACAUGAAAUAAAAAUAGACAGUAAAUAUUCCCCUAUAUUCUUGAUAGACACAGAGGGGCUUUUUCUAGCCUUCUGAAAGAGGUCUAUUUGUAAAGUUUUAAAGUGAUUUCUUUAAGUCUCCAUUAGUGGCUAAUUAGAAGAAAGGCUGCCAUAUAUCUUUGAACUAUACCCCACAGAAUAAAGUAAAAGGCAGAAUGCAAUGCAUGGUGCAAUAAAUGUCAUUUCUAAAAUCAACAACAAGACCAUAACGGUCAUGUCAUAGAGUUUAAGGCCAGAAGGGAUCACCAGAUCAUCUAGUCUGACCUCCUGUAUAUCACAGGCCAACAACAUCACUCAGCACCCACACACUAAAUCCAACAAACGAAAUUAGACCAAAGUAUUACAGCCCACAGGAAACUAAACUAUCGUGUACCAUAGGCAAAGAAUAGGAGGGAGUAAGGUGCACAAGUGGCAGGGAAAUGAUUUAGUGAGAUAUACCCAGAUAAUCCUGGCAAACAAUGUGCAUCCUCAUGCCACAGAAGGAGGCAAAGAAACCCAGAGGUCACUGCCAGUCUGUCCUGGGGGGUAAAUUCCUUCCUGAUCCCACAUAUGGCACUCAAUUAGACUCCGAGCAUGUGAGCAACAACCAGCCAGCCGAGCACCUGAGACAGAGAAUGCUCAGUGCCACCUCAGAGCCCUGCCCCACCCUGCCCAAUGUCUCAUCUCCAGCCCUGGCCAUCCCGGAUGCUUCAAAGGAAAGACAUUAAAAAAGCCACCCAGAAUACAUUGUGGGAGGGAAUCCCCUCCUGACCUCUACAAGUGAGUAGCUGAAAUCCUAAAGCAUGAGAUUUUAGGAACAUGAGACAUAAACCGGAAAUGAGCUCCAGGACUACUGAGUUCUGCCCCUUUCCAUCAGAAGCAAUCCUGAAGCUGCACUCAACAAUUUGUCCAGUUCUCUCUUAAAACUAAUUAAGUUGUUUGCCCCCACAACUCCUAUUGGAAGGAUGUUCCAGAGCCUCAAGCCACUGAUGGUUAGAAACUUUCUUCUAAUUUCCAGCCCGAAUUUGUUCAGGGCCAGUUUAUGUCCAUUUUUUCUUGUGCCAACAUUGUUCAUGAGCUUAAAUAGGUUUUCACUGCCCGCCCCCCUCCCAGUAUUAACUACCUUAAUGUAUUUAUGGGAAGUAAUCAUAUCCCCUCUCAACAUUAUUUUUACUAGACUAAACAAGCCAAGCUUUUCCAGUCUUUUCUCGUAAGAUAGGCCCUUCAUUCCUCUGAUCAUCCUAGUAGCUCUUCUCUGCACCAGUUUGAAAUUUUAAUUAAUCAUUUUUGAACCUGGGUGACCAGAAUUGUACACAAUAUUCCAAAGGAGGCCUUACCAGUGUCUUGUACAAUAGCAUUAAUACUUCUCCAUUUCUAGUGGAAAUGCUUCGCCUGGUACAUCCUAAGAUUGCAUUUGCCUUUUGCACAGCAACAUCACAUUGGUGGCUCAUAGUCAUCAUGUGAUCAGCCCACACACUUAUGUGUCACAUUUCCUCUGUCGCUUACACCUGUUGAGAUCUUAGCUUGUUGCAGAAAUUCUUAUCAUUAGUAGUCCCUAAGUGCAUUACAUUGCAUUUUGUAUUAUUGAAUUUCGUCCCAUCUCUGUCACUCCGGUCUUCCAGGUCAUACAAUAUUCCGAUCCUCCUCUGCAUUGACAAUGCCUCCCACCUUUGUGGUGUAAAAUGUCAGUUUUUUUAAUAAUCAGGAUGCUAAACUAUCCGAUUAUAUGGAAAUUUAAAUUAGAGUAAACCCCAGAUUUAGACUACAUUCCUCUACACUGUAUUCCCUGUUUCUAUUGCAGAAGGGCUGAGAGAAGUGUGCUGAAACAGUCCCCUCACAUGCUCUAUUCCUAUAAAAAUAGAGAUCAGUGGAAACUAGACUGAAGGAAGUGAUCAGUCAGAGAUAGGUAAGGGAACAAAAUUGUCCAGAUGAGAUUCAGUUUUUAAUGUUGUUUUCUUUAAUAGUUUAAAAAAUAAAACAACUUCAGUUGUGCAAUAACAUCCAGUUAUGGAAAUUAAAUGCUCAGAAAACUGAACAAUUACAUUGUUACUGAUAAAGACAUGAGAGGCACUGAGAACUCCUGUAUCACAAAGAAUUUCUGAAAUUCAUUUUGUUCUGAGGUUAAUGUAAUUAUUUUUGCACAAGACUUUUUAUGUAAGUCCAAGUUAGCUAAAAGGAAAAUUAACAAGAUCUACAGACCUUUCAGUAACUUAAGUGGUUAAAAUAUUCUCCCUUAGAAUAAUUUUGUACAUAUCCUGGGCCCAAAUCUUUGAGCACUCCAUGUGCUGAACUCCCAUUGCCAUCUGAAGUCAAGGGGAACACCUCACAUGCGUAAGCUUUUGCAGGAUCAGGGCCUUGGAUGUAAAGUCUUUGCUGUGAAGAAUACUAAGAAUGUGUUCCUUUUUGCCAUACUGUUUAAUAAACAUAUGUAGACUUUGUUUCAAAUAUCGACUUCGUUAAACACCCAUCUUUUUAACAUUUCAAGCCCAAUUUCUGAGGCCUUCUGCAUGUAAAACGCCCAUUUAAAUCAAUGGGAGCAUUUCUAGCAUAAGUUGGCCCUUCCUUUGGUGUCAUGACAAUCAUACCAUUUGAAUAUUCUUGAUUUUCUGUUGAAAAUAGAAUGACAACCUUAAUUUCUUUAAAUGCUUUUUUAUUUCAAGAAAAAAUUUUAAGGUUAAGAAAUGGAUUGGGGUGUUGAUCAGCAUUGCAGCCAUUUCAAAGAAUAAUAAUUAAACUGAGAAUUUAAAAAAUAAUGCCCAUAUUCUAAGACUGAAGGGUUAUGGAACUCACAAGUUUGAAUUGUUUCUCUUUUGAAAGACAAAAUGUGCUUAAAUAUAAAUAUGGAUGAAAUAUGUUAUGUACUAUCUUGCAGGAACUACAGGAUAUGAAAUCAGCUUCCUGUAGUAAUCAGAGACAGCCAAAUUCUGAGACACGCUGAGCAGCUUCAAUUCCCAUUGCAGGUGCUCUGCACCUCUCAGUAACUGGCUCAUUGCACAUAAAAAUCUGGUCCUAGAAACAUAUAUUACUGCAAAGCAGGUACAGAUCCAUUUAAAGCGUUCGUUUUACAAUUUAGAUUUUAAAAAGGGGAAUUAAUAGAUUUCAAGUUAGAGGGGGGCUAUGCUUUAGAAAAGUAUGUUAUUUAUAGAGCAGAUUUGUUUUUUUAUCAUCCACGGAAUUAAGUUCUAGUUCUGGAAUUUUUUCCUAUAAUCCAUCUGUUCUUUCAAAUAUAUUUGUAAGCCAGUGUUCAGACACUUUUAUAACUGAAAAACUGCACAUUUUUCAUUGUAUAAUUGUAUGUAUUUGGCAUACCUAUGAGCUAUGAGCUCUUACAAAAAUACCCCAUCUGUUACAAAAGGAAUUGUCUACUAUAGUUCCUUGGGAUAUUUUUUGUAACCCUCUCUUCUUCAUUGUUUAGAAAACUGUUGUUUAUGCCAUUACAUUAAUUUCAGGUUUAAAACCUGUUAAAGCUGUUGCUUUCUCACAGCUUCUUUGUGAAAUCAGCUUUGUAUAUGUGAUGGCAUUUAAAAAUAAUAGCAUGAGUUUUUUAAUCUGAAUUUUAUAUCUAAUCAGUGUCUUCAGUCAUGAAGAGAAAUUUUGCAUUGUUGUGUUUGUAUAUAGAGUAUUGCAGUGCAUGAAUUAGCUUAUGCAUUUUAUUAAAUGCUGUUUAAAUGUGGCAUUAUAUUGUUGUGGCUUAAUACUACUACCUAAAUGAGGUUUAUACUAUUAAAGUGAAUUACAAACCUAAA